UCUUGUAACUCAAAAAUGCUAGCGUGUGCGUUGGUUUUUAACAUUAUACAUCUUUUCCCAUUCGUAGACAAUCUUAAAUGUACAGGAAUUACUGGAUCAAACUGUUGUUAUGGAUUUUUUCUUAAUAACACAACUGGAAAAUGUGAAGCAUGCUCAAGUGGAUAUCAUGGCAAAGAUUGUGCAAUUCAAUGCCAGUACCCCACCUAUGGAGAAGGCUGCCAAUCUGAAUGCAAAUGUUUAAAGAAUGAAUGUCACUACUCUAGGGGAUGUAUACUACACACGACAAUUGAUACAGAGUAUGAAACAAAGAGUUUAAGGACAACCACUUCAACAAGUUUGUUAUCAAACUUAACGGUUUCAAAUCGAUUGGUUACCCAACGUAUAUCAACGGAGAUAACCAACCUCAGAGAUGCUACAUUGAUUACUAUCGUCAAAGAGGAUUUAUUUUUCAAAAACAAUUUGGUGAUAAGCUUACUUGGAAUUUUUGUCUUAUUUUUCUGUAUUUUCGUUUUAACGUAUGUGUUUUUCAAAUGUUGUCGAAAGAGAAGUAUUGAUAACAAGAUGACAAUGAGUGAGUGGAAGGCACAAUAUCAAUCGUUGAGCCCAGGAAUUAUGGAACCUGAAAAUACAGUACAACCAGCACAUUAUCGUGUAAGUGAUUCUGCGUACCUUUCACCUGCUUACUUAAACCCGGUUUCAAAUCGUUAUGAGAACACAGAAACCAUUAGUCGCCAUGCAAACGACGUAAGCAAUAGUGUUGUUGAAGUUAUGAAAAGCGGACAGAUUCGUGCUACCGACCAAAUGUACACAAUAAAUGGGCCAAACAUGUCUUUAGAGGAUCAAUCAGAAAAUGUUUAUAACGAAAUACUUACAAUAUAAAUAUAGCUUUGGAUUAAUUUUUCGAGUGUUAACCACAUUGAGAGUAACUGUGGCAGAAAAUGGACUUUAGUAGAA